UGAGAUGUGUUGUGUGAUGAGGUUAGGAUAGGUUAUUAAAGUUUGAAACUUUUAAUAAAAUCACACAAAACAUAAGUUUCGUGUUCUAUAAUAGCAAUUAUUGAUAAGAAUAAAAUUGCAACAACCCAAGAUCAAACAUGGGCGAUAAAAAAGUGGAUAUUGGUGUUUUGGAAGAAAGAAGUAGUUUUCUUUUACAUCCUAGAUUUUUUCCAAGUAAAGUGGGGGGAAAACCUGCUUGGCUUGACUUAAAAAAUCUUCCCAGUCCAUCUGAGACUACAUGUUCACGCUGUGAAGAUCCCCUUAUUUUCUUAUGCCAGGUGUAUGCCCCUUACGAAGAAUCAGACGAGAGCUUUCAUAGGAGCAUAUUUAUUUUUGUAUGCAAAAAUGGAUCUUGUUGUCAAAGCAAUAAUGCUGAGAACUUUGUAGUCAUUAGAAAUCAGCUACCACGUAAAAAUGAAUACUAUUUGUUUGAGCCAUAUGAAGAGGAUGAAAAUGAAGAAUUCUCAAUGGAGAAGUGGUCUAAACUUUGUGAAGUUUGUGGUACUAAAGCUCCAUCACAUUGUUCAAAGUGCAAAAAGAUUUACUAUUGCAGUCGGAAACAUCAAAUUUUAGAUUGGAAAAAAGGUCACAAGGAAAAGUGUGAUGAAAUGAAGGGAGCUGAGAUUGUAAAACCAUGUAAUUUUGUUGUAACUGAAUCUGGCAAAGGGUUGUUAUUCAAGGAGUGGGAACUGGUAGUUGAUGAAGAGGAUGAGGAAGAAGCUACAAAUGUAGACGAAAACAGUGAAAUGGAGAAACUAAGGAAACUAAUGCAAGAGAAAAAGGCUGGAUCCCUCACUGGUGUGAGCGAAGCAGAGUUGGACCAAUACACUCAGGAGCAGCCUGUAGAUAAAGUCUUCAAUAAGUUUAGUAAACGGAUAGCCCGUCACCCAGACCAGGUCUUGCGGUAUGACCGAGGGGGAGCCCCUCUCUGGAUCACCGGGAACACUAACAGUGUAGCUCACAUCCCUAACUGUGAAUACUGCAAUGGUGAAAGACAGUUUGAAUUUCAGAUAAUGCCUCAGCUUCUCAACUUCAUUGAUGUUGGUAUAGAGCUGAACAGCAUAGACUGGGGUGUGUUGGUGGUGUACACUUGCAAGAACAGCUGUUCCGAUGGGCCCGCAUACAAAAGAGAAUUCAUAAUCAAACAAGAUUUAUCACAAUAAAUAAAUAUUCUACAUUA